AUGAGCGAAAGACUGCCCAAUAAAGCCCAGCAAGAGCCGCGGCCGCAGGACAGCUGUAUUUCCACAUCUUACUCAUCAUUAUCAGAAAAAGAGCGAGACACCAUAGCCAAGGAGCCGUCAUCGGAGACACAGGAGUAUCUCCCUCCUGAAAAUUUCUGCGACAAGGAACUUUCCACGGACGGCCGCGAAAAUGCACAAAAUGACCAGACUGGCAAUAUGGCCCCAUGUCAGCGUUCUCAUUCGCGAUCUACACAACAUACAAAUGGUGACGGUGGUCCUCCACUCGCCCCUCGAAUGUCCAUGGAUACCCAAGGAAAUAUCUAUCCUGAAGGCGGGCGUGAAGCCUACAUGGUAGUAUUUGGCUCUUUCCUUGCGCUUUUCGGUAGUCUAGGCAUCGUCAAUACCUUGGGAUCUAUCCAUGCAUGGAUAUCCGUUCACCAGCUCAAGAAUUAUAACCAAAGCUCAGUCAGCUGGAUAUUCGGAAUAUACGCUUUUCUCCUUUUUUUCGGAGGACUUCAGAUCGGCCCAAUCUUUGAUGCAAAAGGACCCAAACUCCUUGUCUUAGCCGGUACAAUUUUGAGUGUUCUCAGUGUCGCGCUUCUCGGUUCGUGCACAGAAUACUGGCAUUUUAUGGUCGUUUAUUCCGUCAUUGGAGGGAUAGGUGUUUCCCUUGUUUUUACCCCUGCCGUCGCCAGCCCUGGCCAUUUCUUCUUCCGUCUACGUGGUCGUGCCACUGGCAUUGCAACAACUGGUGGCAGUGUUGGAGGAAUCGUUUUCCCACUGAUGCUGGAGUCGCUGUAUCCAAAGGUUGGAUUCGCAUGGGCUACUCGCGCGGUGGCACUCGUCUGUUUGGUCGCUAUGUUUUUUGGUUGCUUGCUGAUUAAAUCCCGACUGCCGAAAAAACGUGCGACUAAAGAAAACAUUCUCCCGGACUUACGCAUUUUAUUUGAACCGGUAUUUGCACUGACCACAGCUGGAAUCUUCUUUAUUGAAUGGGGUCUGUUCAUUCCAAUCACAUAUGUAACGUCCUAUGCUCUGGCUCAUAAUAUGCCACGCGCACUAUCAUACCAACUUCUCGCAUUGCUCAAUGUCGGAUCCUUCUUCGGCCGCUGGAUUCCCGGUUUCAUCUCUGAUUAUCUUGGUCGCUUUAACAUCAUGAUCGGGACUGUUUUGCUUUGUCUUCUAUCGACCACCUGCCUCUGGCUUCCUGCGCAAGACAGUGUCGGUAUGAUGGUUGCAUAUUCACUAAUUUUUGGGUUUGCGAGCGGUAGUAACAUCAGUUUAACACCCGUUUGUGUUGGACAAGUAUGUAAAACAGAAAAUUAUGGCCGAUAUUAUGCAACUGCCUAUACUGUCGUUAGCUUUGGGUGUGCCUCUCCUUUCCCAUGA